AUGUCUGUUGUUCGAAGCAUGGACGGAGUUUAUACCCACAUCAACUUCGCUUUUGCCAGCAUCGACCCUAAGACCUUCGAAGUCGUUCCCGCAUCUAGCAAAGACCCUCAACUAUACCGUGAAUUAGUGAGCAAAAAGAAGAAUGACCCUAAUUUAAAGGUUUUUAUCGCCAUUGGGGGUUGGGCCUUCAAUGACCCAGGUCCGACUAUUACAACCUUCUCUGACAUUGCUCGUUCUGAUGCGAACACGAGGGCUUUCAUUAAAUCGCUCAUCUCCUUUAUGUCUACUUAUGACUUUGAUGGUGUUGAUAUUGACUGGGAAUAUCCCGCUGCUGAUGAUCGUGAAGGACGAGAGGAAGAUUUCGAUAAUCUUCCCAAGUUCCUCAGCAAGAUCAAGAGUGCGCUGAAACAAAGCGGUGGUCGUAGCGGUCUCAGUAUCGCUAUUCCUGCAUCAUACUGGUAUCUUCAGCACUUCGAUCUUGAGAAGAUCUCAAAGUACGUCGACCACUUCAAUGUCAUGACCUAUGACUUCCAUGGCGCUUGGGACACUCCAAAGUCAUGGCUCGGUAACCAUCUCAACUCUCACACCAAUUUGACGGAGAUCAAGGAUGCCUUUGACCUUCUUUGGCGUAAUAAUGUCGACCCUGAUCAAGUCAACAUGGGACUCGCAUUCUAUGCACGCACCUUCACUGUCUCCAGCACCGGCUGCAUGUCUCCUGGCUGUCUCUUCGAUGCCGGUGGUCCUGCAGAGCCUUGUACUGACGCUGUUGGUGUCAUGUCCAACCCCGAAAUCAUGCGCAAGCUUGGCGGCAAGAUUGGUUCGGGGGACCUGGACAAGACUGCAGCCAUCAAGACUCUCAAGUUUGGUAGUACGUGGUUGACCUACGACGAUGUCGAUACCUGGAAGCUCAAGCUGGAUUUUGCUCGCAGUCAAUGUCUUGGAGGUGCCAUGGUCUGGGCUAUCAGCCAAGACACUUCGGAUGGCAAGUUCUCCAAGCAACUGCAGGAGGCUACCGGCUACAAGUCUAAGGGUGUAUCAACGUUCAACAGAACUACAUCUCUCGGUGGUGGCGUCUUUAUUGAGACCAGCGAAAGCGAAGCCAACAGUGAUGUUAGCGGUGUUCAAUGCAAAUGGACCAAUUGUCAGAAAAGGGGUAAGGGUUGCGCUGAAAAUUGGAGCGCGGUUGAAAACCAAUCUUCUGAAAAGUUGACGGACCUCAUGACUGAUGAUACUGGAUGUGAUGACGACGAGGAGCGAACAUUCUGUUGCCCGGACGGAGUCAAGCAUCCGACCUGCGAGUGGCAAUUCUACAAUGUUGGACACUGCAUCCCUGGGUGUGGCCCAACGUCAGGGUUCGAAGUUGCCUCGUCCAAGAGAUCGUGCAGUAGCGGGUAUGCUCAAACCGCGUGCUGCAAGGGCGACACGAAAGGUCUAGAUGUCUACCGCCAGUACAAGUGGUAUGAGUCGGAGACAGACUGCGCCAGGGAUAAAGGCGAUAAGCCAUGUGGAUGGGACGCUCACUACGACUCACUCCUCGUUGAAAGCUGGGAUGGUAGUGGUGACCAGACCUGCUAUGACAAAAAGGGGCACAGAGGAAAGAGACCCUUCUGUGAAAACACCAGAGACGAAGACAACCCACACUUCAGCAACUGCUACUGGUCUGACGAUUACAGAUUGGGUGUCACCGAGACAGUCACGACAGGGACCUGCCGUAGCAGCUGCCCAAAUGGCAAGGUCAAGGUGGCCCUGAACUCCAAAGACAACGACUGCGGGAAAGGCACCUCGGCCUAUUGCUGCGAUGUCACAGCGUCCUACGACGACAGAGAUAUCGACCAGGACAACUUGGAAGACUUGAUCAAAGAAUGGGUCAAGAGUCCAACGUGUCCCAAUAUCAAAUUCUCUGACUUCGAAAAGGGCAAGCUCUCGUCGCGCUCUUUGGAUGCCAUGGCCUUGGGUCCUGAUGGGCAGUUGCUUGACAUGACUAAACGAGAGAGCCUUCAUAAGAUGUCAGCGGGAAUGGCCAUGGUACUUGUAGUCCAACAAGUUAUGCAGGCUCAAAAGGACUCUCGCGCGACCAGGGAGUAUCGGGCGCUGCUGGACAAAAACUUGCCCAAGAAAUGGAAGCAUCUUGUCAGCGCCACCUUCGCGGGGACGCUUCUUCUCCUCAAAGACACAGUCUCGACUUUGGAAGUAGCCUGGAUCUGGGUCUGCGGUAUUGAUGAAGAGGAGGAAUGGGAAGAAAGAAAGGCUGAGGCCAAUUCAACUCACAUAGCGCUGAAUGGGACCUACUGCUCCAUCCCAUCGCUCGACGCUUACGAUCCCUCGUCGCUUCAAGAUCCACGCGACAAGCCAGACGACGAUGACCUCGAAAAGAUCUUCGGACCUAUUGGUCCUCUUGGCCCUAAUGGAAAAUUUACAUGGCCAUUCAGUGAGAUGCAAUGGCCAUCCGAAUGGACCGAGAAGAGUCUUGACAAGAGAGGAUCUGGCAAGAGGCGUGAAUUCUUCCCUAUGUGUCCAGAUAUGACAACCAAGUGGUUAAUCACGUCAGAACCAUACCCUAAUGGAGACAAUGGAGACUUCUUCGCAAAGAAAACCGGCGAUAACAAGAGGUAUUGGGUUGACAACAUCGGCGGUGAUUGUGUUAAUGCCAUUGUGAGGGAUGAAGGCACCCCUCUACCCGACCCCCUCCCUGCCAAAUGGACGGUCCAAAUGUUCAUGGAAUACACAAUGGGCGUCCGAAAUAAACUUCACGGCAAGCCAAGUUCUUCCGGGCUUAUCAAGGAAACACCGUACAACACAAAUUCUCAAUCGCAUCUAUCUUGUGGCGUUUGGAUCAAUGACUUCCAGUAUGGGUUUUUGGCAUGGAACAACAGACAUAAGGACACUCCACAGACAUCUUUGUUCAAACUACUGGGCUCAACUUCCAACGCCAAGUACAUGGUUAAUUGCGAGUCCAAGUUCAACGGCUUGAAGGGCUCGCUUUGGGAAUUCGAUGAGCCUGUCGGUCCGAGGAACUGGAGAGAUAAUUACUCUGCCACCGACGACGAUACUGUCAAACACGCUAUGGAACAGCUGAUGCUGGUUGAACAAAUCUUUCCUUAUCUCAGAAGGCAAGACAUAAACGACAAGCUCAAGGCCGCCAAUAAAGAAGUGAUAGCAUUGCUAGACGAAUUUGAGACCCUCUACCGAACGACACAUAACGCUGGGGCUUUGGGUCUAUCCAACAUGUGGCGCAACUUCAUGACUGAGCUACUGGAAAAGAUGCAAAAAUGGGCCAAAACAUGGUUGGAGUACCGGAUCGAGAUACUCAGGGAAAACAUAGAAGGUGAGUACAGAAGUAGGGUAGCGCAUACUGCUCUGCAGUUGGUGGGUACGCCAGCUCAUGCGGCCGCUGUCGUUGCCCAGAACACAAUGCACGCCCACUGGUUCUCGAUCGUCCUGCAUCAGAACAGUUACGCUGGCCUGGUUGAUCAAUUCCAGCCCAGUAUUUUCAAAGAGUAG